AAGACACCGUAAGCGAGAUCUGAAAUAAACAAAGUAGAGCAGAUUAUUUCGCUUUCUUUCUCGCCCUAACGCACUGCUUUGCUUGCUCUCUCCCUCUUCGUCGCUCUUUUCUGAAACCUAUUCACCAUGACCAAGCAGCAAGCUAACUGGUCCCCUUAUGACAACAAUGGCGGAUCCUGUGUGGCAAUCGCCGGAGCUGAUUACUGUGUGAUCGCCGCCGAUACUAGGAUGUCGACUGGUUACAGUAUUCUCACCCGUGAAUACUCCAAAAUCUGCAAACUAGCUGACAAAUCUGUAAUGGCCUCUUCUGGUUUUCAAGCCGAUGUGAAAGCUUUGCAGAAGUUAUUGGCUGCUAGGCACUUGAUCUAUCAGCAUCAACAUAACAAGCAAAUGAGCUGCCCUGCAAUGGCUCAACUACUCUCCAACACCCUGUACUACAAACGUUUUUUCCCCUAUUAUUCUUUCAAUGUUUUGGGCGGUCUUGAUAAUGAAGGUAAGGGUUGUGUCUUCACAUAUGAUGCUGUGGGUUCCUACGAGCGGGUUGGAUAUAGCUCUCAAGGUUCUGGUUCCACACUUAUUAUGCCUUUUCUUGAUAACCAACUAAAGUCUCCCAGCCCUCUCUUGUUGCCUGCUCAGGAUGCUGUCACGCCACUUUCAGAAGCAGAAGCGGUUGAUUUGGUCAAAACUGUCUUUGCAUCUGCAACUGAGAGGGAUAUUUAUACUGGAGACAAGCUUGAAAUUGUCAUUCUAAAUGCUGAUGGUAUUCGGCGUGAAUACAUGGAACUCAGGAAAGAUUAAGUUUUGUUCGCAACCAUGUUGCUGGCCUCAAUUAAGCAUAGGAUUUGCGUGCUACCAUUGGAUGGCUCUGCAUUCAAUAUUCUUGUUCUGAUGUCUUUAAUUGUGGUUUAGCUUUUCGAUGAAUGAGUCCCGUUGAACACAAUUGCAUUUUCCUAGUGACAGAAGUGAAAUGGUGUUGUCUUUAUUGGACGUGAGUUUCUUGUAUUUAUUUAAACUGUAUUGAGAUACUUUAAAAUGCAGUUAACUUUACCCCAGAUAUACAUCUGAUAUUGGUGUU